UAAUAGACGUUGCGUUGCGUUGCCUGCGUCAACAUGUCGGGAAGCGUUCUUAUAAGAGUUUUAUCUUAUCUAAGCAGAACAUCACAGUUUCUACAACCGAGUAAGACGAACUAUGUGAAUAUAAGAAGACCAUUCACUGCCAAGCUGCAAGGUGAAGGUCAGAUCAGACCACUAGAUGGCGUUAAAGUCUUAGAUCUGACAAGAGUUCUGGCUGGACCUUUUGCUACUAUGAUAUUAGGAGAUUUGGGAGCAGAAGUGAUCAAAGUUGAGCGACCAGGCUCCGGAGACGACACGAGAGCAUGGGGCCCUCCGUUUGUGGGUGAAGAGAGCGCUUAUUUUCUGAGUGUGAACAGGAACAAAAAGAGCAUUGCUGUUAAUCUUAAAGAUCCAAAGGGGACCAAACUUGUAACUGAGCUUGCCAAAGUCUGUGAUGUUCUGGUGGAGAAUUACUUGCCAGGGAAGCUGAAGGAGAUGGGACUCGGGUACGAGGAGUUGAGUGAAGAAGCCCCUCGACUCAUCUAUUGCUCGAUUACAGGAUAUGGACAGACGGGCCCGGAGUCACACAAGCCUGGAUAUGACUCCAUUGCGUCUGCGGUGUCUGGUAUGAUGCACAUCACUGGUCCUGAGGAUGGGGAUCCAGUCAGACCAGGAGUCGCUAUGACAGAUCUGGCCACUGGUUUAUACACUCAGGGAGCCGUCAUGGCUGCUUUGCUUCAGAGACAGAAAACAGGACGAGGCCUUCAUAUAGACUGCAAUCUUCUGUCUUCACAGGUUGCGUGUCUAACUCACAUCGCUUCCAACUACCUCAACGCUGGUUUAGAGGCCAGACGAUGGGGAACUGCCCAUGGGAGCAUUGUCCCAUAUCAGGGUUUCAAGACCAAAGAUGGAUAUUUGGUUGUGGCAGCGGGAAAUGACCAGCAAUUUAUGAAAGUGUGCAAAGUCCUGAGCAUGAACGGUCUGGCCGACAGCCCGAAGUACAAAAGCAACCAGUUAAGAGUCCAGCACCGCAAAGAGCUGCUGCAGAUUCUGUCCAAGAGGUUCAUGGAGGACACGACUAGAGAGUGGUUGAGACGGUUCGAAGGCACCGGUGUCCCCUGUGGCCCUAUCAACAGCAUCCAGCAGGUGUUCUCCAACCCUCAGGUUGCUCACAAUGGCCUUAUUCUGGAAAUGGACCACCCAACAUCGGGAAGGAUAGCAGUGCCAGGCCCUGCUGUGCGCUUCAGUAGUUUCGAGCCCCGCAGCCCGGUUCCUCCCCCUGUGAUCGGCCAGCACACGGUCCAGGUUCUCCGAGACACCCUUGGGUACAGCGAUGAUGUCAUCGCCCGACUGCUAGCCUCACGGGCCGUCACUCAGCACGCGGUGCAGGGAGAGGCGUCUCGUUGA